AUGAGGUUGGCGAUGCUGGUUCUCAGGUUAGUCUUCCUGGCCUGCCUGUGGCCGGUCACCCUGCUCAACCACCACUACCCAAACCGCCGACGCAACAAGGAGGUCAACCUGGAGGGACUGGGCAAUACCAAGUUCAGUGGUCGAAUAGACCACAAACUGAGGAAGCAGGACAGCACCAAGACCCUGAUGAUUAAAACAGAGCAGCUUCUGAGGAUCAAGGACCACGAUUUCGCCAUCAGGCCUGGAUUUGGAGGAGCAGCGAUCCCCGUUGGCAUUGAUGUCCAAGUGGAGAGUAUAGACAGCAUCUCUGAGGUCAACAUGGACUUCACGAUGACCUUGUACCUGCGCCACUACUGGCAGGACGAGCGGCUGGCGUUCGCCUCGGCCAACAACCUGAGCCGCACCUUCGACUCGCGCCUCAUCCGGAAGAUCUGGGUGCCCGACGUCUUCUUCGUCCACUCCAAACGCUCCUUCAUCCACGACACCACCACUGAGAACAUCAUGCUCCGAGUGUCUCCCGAGGGACACAUACUCUACAGUGUCAGGAUCACGGUGACAGGGUCAUGCUCCAUGGACUUCAGCAGCUUUCCUCUGGACACACAGAACUGCUCCCUGGAGCUGGAGAGCUAUGCCUACAGUGAGAACGACCUGACGCUGUACUGGAAGAAUGGCAACAACUCCCUGAAGACGGAGGAGAUCGUGCUGUCUCAGUUCUUCAUUGAACAGUUCAGCUCGAACAGCGGCAUGGCUUACUACAGCAGCACAGGCUGGUAUAACCGUCUCUACAUCAACUUCAUCCUGAGAAGGCACAUCUUCUUCUUCAUGCUGCAGACGUAUUUCCCCACCAUGCUCAUGGUGCUGCUGUCCUGGGUCUCCUUCUGGAUCGACCGGAGAGCUGUACCAGCCAGGGUCUCUCUGGGAAUCACCACAGUGCUGACCAUGUCCACCAUCAUCACGGGUGUGUCGGCGUCGAUGCCUCAGGUGUCGUACGUGAAGGCGGUGGACGUCUACCUGUGGACCAGCUUCCUCUUCGUCUUCCUCACCGUCAUCGAGUACGCCGCCGUCAACUACCUCGCCACCGUCAAGGACAUGAAGCGGCGCAAAGAGGGAAAGCCACCAUCGUUUGAUGCCACCCAAACCAUGGCUUUCGACGGCUACUACCAUGACAAUGACAUCGAGAUGACCGACUUCUCAACGCUGGACUCCGGUCUUCCAGUGGAUCCUCCCGGCUUCCACUCACACGCGGCCCAGGACCUUCCACCAGUGGUGGGCACACGGCUCUGGAGGAGACGCCCUAUAUGGGACUACUUAGACUUUGUGGUCAGCAACAGCUACGUGAUAGACUCCUGGUCCAGGGUGGGCUUUCCCAUGGCCUAUCUGAUCUUCAAUGUUGUCUACUGGUGUGUCUACGCCUGA